AUGCUGACCUGCGGGCCUCGCUUGCUGCACCAGAGGCUGGUCACCCUCUGGAUCACCCGAGCAGCUUCCCAGAAAUCCACACUUCCUCUGCCAGCCCCCCAAGCUACUGCAAAGGGACCCACACCUCCCUGUCCUUCGCUGAACUUAGAUGAUGGGAAGGUUUUCCGCCUGAAGAGCAACUGGGAGCUCACUCGAGGACUGCUGGUGUUCCUGCUCUGCUCCUCCCCAUGGCUGGUUCGGAAAGCCCCCACGCUCCUUUCUGUCUCCCGACGGGUUCUGGGCCACCGACUCUGGACUUCUGCACUCCGUCUUACGCUGUAUGGACAGUUUGUUGCUGGUGAGACCCACAAAGAGAUCAAGGAGACACUGCAAAGGCUCCAGAGUUUGGGGGUGCGUCCUCUCCUUGCAGUCCCUAUAGAGGAAGAUGUGGGACAGGCAAGGGAUGGGGAGGAGUGGUACAACAAGAAUGCCAAAUCUAUGCUCACCUGCCUGGAUCUGUCAGUCAGGGGCGGCCCCAAUCCCAUGAUGCAACUGAAGGUGACAGCGCUGAUGGCAGCUGAGCUGUGUAAGACUGUCACCCUGCAUUUGCAAGAGCAGGAGAGGAAGUCGGACCUGAGCAUAGAGAGAGUCGUGGCUGCCAUGAAAGGAGAGGACCUGAACUUUGACUGCCUGACCCAAGAAGAAAACCAGCAUUUCAAAAAAUCGCUGAGUCGGCUCAAUUCUGUAGCACAGUAUGCUGUGGAAAAAGAGGUCCGUGUUCUGGUGGAUGCGGAAUACACCUACAUUAAUCCCACCCUGACUCUAGUCACCAUGGCAAUGAUGGCUGUCUGGAACACCCAACACCCAUGGAUCUGGAACACAUACCAGGCAUAUCUCAAGGAUACUCUGGAGCGGCUGAGUCAGGAUGUGAUCCUCACUGAGCGCUUGGGUGUAUGUUUUGGAAUGAAGUUGGUCCGGGGGGCUUACCUAGAGAAGGAGCGGAAACUGGCAAAGGAAAAAGGAUGCCCUGAUCCCGUGCAACCCAGUUGGGAGGCUACCAAUGAAAGUUACCAGUGCUGUUUGGAUUUUGGUUUGGACCAAGCGUGUCGAGUCAGGGGAAGAUUUGAGCUGAUCGUGGCCACACACAAUGAAGCUUCAGUGAUGCACACUGUUCAAAGGAUGGCAGAGAUGGGCAUCGACAAAAGUGCUGGACCCAUCAGUUUUGGGCAGCUGCUAGGCAUGUGCGACCAGGUUUCGUUGGCACUGGGUCAGGCAGGCUAUGCCAUCUACAAAUCCAUCCCUUACGGUUCUGUGGAAGAUGUGAUCCCAUAUCUGAUCCGUCGUGCUCAUGAGAACCAAACUGUCCUACUUGGGAUCCGGAAGGAGCAAGAUCUGCUACGCUUGGAGCUACGGAAACGGGUUCUGAGGCAGCCCUGAGGACAUCUAAAUAUCCUG